AUGGUGCAAAAGCGGUACGUGGCCCUGGCAGGAGCGUUGGUGCUUGGCGCCACCUCCGCGGUGCUUCUGAUGCGACAGUGGAGAGUGCAGCGCGAGCGCAGCGAGUUUGCGGAGCGCUACGCGAAGCAAAUAAAGGCGGCCCGGGAGGCGCAUGCCCAGUUCUUGAACGGUGGCAGUGCUUCGCCGGACUCAGCGGACAUUAGCGACGCCGACUUCGACGACGAGGCCGCGGCCGUGAAGGUUAUCUACGGCAGCGAGUCUGGCAAUGCCGAGGGACUGGCGAAGGGCUUUGUCAUGACACUGCGCGACCGCGGCGUCCAGGCCGCGCUCAUCGAUCCUAGCCGGUGGGCGUACAUGGAGGACUACUUGUACCACAACAAGCGAAACGUGCCGCUGUUUCACCCCAUCAAGGUAGCGUCCGCCAGCACCAGGGCCGCCAAGAAGGAGAGUCGCAAGACUCCAGAGGAAGCGAACACACCACGUCCGCCGCUGGUGUACAUCUUCAUUGUUGCAACUGCUGGUGAGGGCGAACCGACCGGUAACUUCAUGGCUCUCUUCCAGGAAAUGCAGUCGGCGGUGCGGCGAGCUACCACAGCCAAGGUACCUGCCCAGUCCAGUGCCGUCACCGCAGGUGCGGCGCCGUCGUCAGCUACCGAGGAGGCACCAUUCAAAAACAUCUACUACGCAGUGUUCGGGCUCGGUGACAGCUCCUACAAGUACUACUGCCGCUCCGCCACCGACACGAACACUCUUCUCAAAAAGGGUGGCGGCAUCAACGUGCAUCGUGUCGGCUUCGGCGACGCCCGCUACGGCAUGCAGGAAGACGUCUUCGAUGAUUGGCAGGAGAAGGUGAUGCUUGCGCUGGAGGAGAAGUGUGGGCUGGAGAUGACAACGGGCACGCGUGCGCCGCCAAAGCCCGAGCUCCAGUUCCGCUUCCUGUCUUCCACCGCAGCGACGACGGCAGCGACCACGUCCACCGUCCCUCAGGCGGGACCCUGCGGAGCCGCCGAGGGCACCGCAGCGCCGAGCGCGACCGCCAUCACGAACAACGCGGACCCGAAUCGUAGCGUUCUCCUGAGAACCGCAACACCGAGCAGCGCCGUGGCGGCGGAGAGCACGAGCGCUCCGCCCAUCUCGCUCCCGUUUCCGCCGCCACCGGUGCUGCUGGAGCCAUCGCUACUGAACCCGACAAGGAUCCACCUCGUAACGAAGACGCAGCUGUCGCCGCCGCGCGACAGCGACGGCAGCAGCGUCUACCGUUUCUGCUUCGAGACGGACGGCACAGGCAUCUCGUUCCAGGCCGGUGACCAUCUUGGCAUCUUUCCCACGAACCCGCCGGAGAUGGUGGCGCGGUGCGCCAAGGCCCUCUCCAUCCCAGCAGGCGAGCUGGAGACACCGGUGGAGCUGUGCGAGAUGGUGCCAUCGCGCGGCAUUCUCCGAAACGUACUGCCGGCCCGUGUACCUUUGCGCGUUGUGCUGCAACGCUACGUGGACCUGUGCGGCCGUCCAAAGAAGUCGGCCCUGCGCGUUCUCGCCAAGUACUGCGCUGACCCGGUCCAGCAGGAGGCUUUCCUUGAGCUUCUCCGCCUCCCCGCCGAGGAGGCGGAGGAGGCGGCUGCCGGCAGCUGUGCUGCGUGGAAACCGAAGAAGCUGCGCACAGUCGUGGACUAUCUCGAGAAGUUCCCUAGCUGCUGCUGCAUUCCGCUUGGCCACUUCAUCGAGGUCAUGCCACGCACGCAGCCGCGCUACUACUCGAUCGCGUCGGACCGGAUGUCCCACGGCACCAAGGUCGAGAUCAUCGUGCGAGUACUCACGGACGGGCUGGCCAGCUCCUACCUCGCCCAUCGCGUCGAGGAAGGAGACGAGGUAUUUGCGUACGUCCGCAUCACCACCUUCCAUCUGCCGCAGCGCAUUGGAGAGAAGCGACCGGUGCUCAUGAUCGGCCCGGGCACCGGUGCUGCCGCGAUGGUAGGGUUUUGCUACAGGAAGGAGGCCAUCAUGCGAAAGCAACCGGCGGCCCAUUACGGCCCGACCGUUUUCCUCUUCGGCGCGCAGCGUCGCGAAACGGAGUACUUUGUAAAGGAGGAGGUCCAGCGCUGGGCUAUGGCGCCGGCCGAGAUGAAGCAAUGGGACGCCGAUCACCCGACCUCCCACGCGGGGCUGGCGGCGCGCCGCAGCAAGACACACUCGUGGGAGCCACUGCCCACCUCUGUCAUCACCACCGUUGAUUGCGCCUUCAGUAGAGAUCAAGAGGAGAAGAGGUACGUCACCUCUCUCAUUGACAAGCACAAGGAUCUCAUCUACGAGAUGCUCACGAGCACCGCCGGCGGCGGAUGCCUUGUCUUCUUGUCCGGUGAAGCAUCUGUCAUGGCGAAGGACGUGGACCGGGCACUGGUGGCGCUGCUGCAGGACCGUGGAGGCAUGACGCGCCUGGCGGCGCUUGAGUUUCUCCGGCGCCUAGAGAGCGACCACCGCUAUCUCAAGGAUGUGUACUAG